GGAGAGGCGAGGAGGGCCUGGCGCCCGUGGAUGUGCGCCCGAGCUCGCGGCCCUUCUGCUCGCCGAGCGCGCCGAAGCUCGCUACCGGAGCGAGCUCCGCUGCCUUAUCCAGCCUGGAUUUAUUAUCAUUAUUUCCCCCCCCCCCCCCCCCCCCCUUCCCAGCCGUUCUCCCCGCACGCUCCUAAUCUGACAGCGCCUGGUAAUUAAUCUGGUUCCCCCAGCCGCUGCAAUAGGAUUAGAGGGAGGGGAAGUGCGUCACGAGGCUCCUUGGAAAUUGAGGAAUGCAAUUCUGCCACCAUGAUGGAAGGAUUGAAAAAACGUACAAGGAAGGCCUUUGGUAUACGCAAGAAAGAAAAGGAUACUGAUUCCACAGGGUCGCCAGACAGGGACGGCAUCCUGCCCAGCCCUCAUCCCAAUGAGCCACCUUGCAAUAGCAAACCCGAGAGUGUGCGUGAAGGAGGAAAAAAAAAUUCGAAGAAAACGAAUGGAGCCCCGAAUGGAUUUUAUGCGGAGAUCGACUGGGACAGAUACAAUUCACCUGAGCUUGAUGAGGAGGGAUACAGCAUCCGACCUGAGGAACCAGGCUCUACCAAAGGAAAGCACUUCUACUCCUCGAGCGAAUCCGAAGAGGAAGAGGAGGCGCACAAGAAAUUCAACAUUAAGAUCAAGCCUUUGCAGGCUAAAGACAUCCUGAAGAGUGCGGCGACGGUGGACGAGCUGAAGGCGUCGAUAGGCAACAUUGCACUUUCUCCAUCCCCCGUGAGGAAAAGUCCGCGGCGCAGCCCGGGGACGAUUAAAAGGAAUUUAUCCAGUGAGGAGAUCGCACGGCCCCGGCGUUCCACGCCGACGCCGGACCCCGCCAGCAAGAAAGCCGGGGAGGACCCCGCGGCGCUGGCACCGCUCUUCGGGCCCCCGCUGGAGUCGGCGUUCGAGGAGCAGAAGCUGGACGCUACUCUAGAUCAGCCUGAGAUAUGGGGCUCGGUCCAGCCGGUCAACACAAGCGUGGAGUCUCCAAAGCUACCGAGACCUUUCCCAACUGGAACUCCUCCGCCGCUCCCACCGAAAAACAUCCCGGCCACGCCGCCACGCACCGGCUCCCCUCUGACGGUGGGAAUAGGAGGGGACCAGACAGCAGCAGAGCUCAAAAGUGACAAACUUCCGUCCAUCAAUGACUUGGACAGCAUUUUUGGCCCCGUGCUAUCCCCCAAGUCUGCUGCUGUUAACGCAGAAGACAAGUGGGUCAAUUUUUCCGAUCAAUCCCCGGAAAACGCGACUCCGGAGUUGACACCCCGGGAAAAAGCGGGAUCCCCGCCGGCAGCAGCGGGCAGCCCGGCCGAUGCUCCGGCGGCCGAGCCCUCCCGCCCCAUCCCCUCGCCGCUCCACCUGGAAGAGGUUCACAAGAAGGUUUCUGAGCAGCCCCACCUUAAGGAUGAUAACUUGGAGCCGGCUGCUUCUCCCAAAGAUUUCGGGCUGGGACAAAGAGCGACCCCGCCUCCCCCUCCGCCGCCCACCUACCGGACUGUGGUCUCCUCGCCCGGACCGGGCGGCAGCAGCGGCACGGGAAGCACCAGCGGUUCUUCGUCCCCGGCUCGUCCCGGCACGCCGCUGGCCGCCUGCGGCACCCCCCCGCCGCCGCCGCCCCGGCCCCCCUCCCGGCCCAAGUUGCCCCCCGGCAAGCCCGCCGUCGCCGACGUGUCCAGGCCUUUUAGCCCUCCUAUUCACUCAUCCAGCCCUCCUCCGAUAGCACCUUUAGCCCGUGCUGAAAGUACUUCUUCCAUAUCUUCCACCAAUUCCCUGAGUGCAGCCACCACUCCCACCGUUGAAGAUGAUGCUUUUAUUGACAAACUGCCCGCGUUUGAAAGGCGCUGUGAAACGCCUGCAGAGAAUGAACAGCCUUCCCUCGUUUGGUUUGACAGAGGAAAGUUUUAUUUGACUUUCGAAGGCUCGUCGCGGGGACCCAGCCCCCUCACCAUGGGGGCACAGGACACCCUGCCCGUCGCCGCCGCCUUCACGGAAACCGUCAACGCGUACUUCAAAGGGGCUGACCCCAACAAGUGUAUCGUGAAGAUCACGGGGGAGAUGGUGCUGUCGUUUCCAGCGGGCAUCACCCGACACUUUGCCAACAACCCCGCUCCAGCGGUGCUCACCUUCCGCGUGCUGAACUACAACAGGCUGGAGCACGUCCUGCCAAACCCCCAGCUCCUCUGCUGUGACAACACACAGAGUGACACCAACACGAAAGAGUUCUGGGUCAACAUGCCAAAUCUGAUGACUCACCUAAAGAAGGUAUCGGAACAGAAACCACAAGCCACCUAUUACAAUGUGGAUAUGCUCAAAUACCAGGUAUCUGCCCAGGGUAUUCAGUCUACUCCAUUAAACCUUGCAGUGAGCUGGCGGUGUGACCCUGCAAGCACUGACCUCCGCAUUGACUACAAAUACAAUACAGAGGCAAUGACCACACCGGUAGCUCUAAACAACGUCCAGUUCCUCGUCCCCGUCGACGGAGGAGUAACCAAACUUCAAGCUGUGCUUCCUCCUGCUGUCUGGAACGCCGAACAGCAAAGGAUAUUGUGGAAGAUCCCUGAUAUCUCUCAGAAGUCAGAAAAUGGAGGUGUGGGGUCUCUGCUGGCCCGAUUCCAGCUCUCAGAGGGGCCAAGCACCCCGGCCCCCCUGGCCGUGCAGUUCACCAGCGAGGGGAGCACGCUGUCCAGCUGCGACAUCGAGCUCGUCGGCGCUGGCUACCGCUUCUCCCUCAUCAAGAAGAGGUUUGCAGCAGGUAAAUACUUGGCCGAUAACUGAUGGAAGCUUAUGCAAGUCUAUGGAAAAUAAUAUGGAAAAUACCCAAGGACUGCUGUGCGUGGAACGGGUUUUAAUUACAGUUUAAGGAAAAUGAACUAAAUCCUGCACUCGGGACAUUUCUGUUGGAAGUGUCGACAACUUUCAGCAUUUUUUUCCUUGGAAAACACCGUCUUGACCAGUCCUACAGUAUUUACUUCUAGAUGUAACAUUGUUAAUGGUUUUAAAAUGUAAUUAUUGUAUUUGUAAAUUGUACUCAUUCCAGUAAGGCUGUAUUUUGGCAGUUAGACACUUGAGUUUUAGCAUUUUACCAUUCAUGAAAUGGAUGUAAUUUAAACUGUGGUAUAUAAAUUUAAUAGUAGUACUGUUGAAUGGCACAAUGCUUACAGAGGUAGAUUACAUUUUGUCAAUAUAUACAAUUUAAAUACAAUACUGAUAGCUGUUAUGAAGGGGGUGCCUCAUAAAAAGAGAGUUAAGUAGAACCGACAUGCUGAUCUACUUUUUCUUCAGUCCUUAGUAUGUCUCACCGUGAUGAAUAAAAAGCUCUAUCUUCAGGUUUAGCUGGUUUAACUCCAGAAAAAUAUUGCUGUAAAUGUGGAGGUUCCUAAUACAGUCUCCCAGCAAAAAGCAGAGAAAAAUGUCACCUCUACAAAAAGUAUUUACUUCAAAUUUCCAUUGCAAGAAACCUCCGUGAACAUGCCCGUGUUCUCUUACAGCCGCAGAUUAACCGUCAGGAGUCCCAGCAGUGCGUGCAUAGGCGACGAGCGCUUCUCUUUGCCCCGUGUCCUUACACUUUGCAGAGAUGCAGAUAAGGAAAUCAGCAGGCAAAGAGGCUGGGUAGUAAAUCUGAGCUUACAGCACUGUCCGGAAAUGUUAUUGCUGUUUUUAAGGAUGCAUUUUCCGAGCAGUCUCCAGAUUUUCGGUUGCAUUUCUACGUUCCUUUGCUCGCUUUUUCUGGGUUUUUUUCCCCAUUUUUGAAAGCCCCGUGGGUUUAGAAAAUGUUUUAAAGACAUGCAGCUCCCCCAUGCCUUUCCAUUUUACCACUUAGGCAGGAAAGCAUGUAUUUACGAACACUGGAAGGCAAAUGCAGCCCAAGCCUGACCCUUGGUGGGACACCCAGAGCCGGCUGGGGACGGUGCCGGUGCCAGGGGAGCAGGAGCAGCGCGGGGGGCUACCGAAAACCCACGGGGCAGGAGCCUGCCUCGCUGGUAUCAGGAGCAGCUAUCUCGUGGAGAUGGGAAAACACACAGAAGUGCUAAACUGGAGGGUGCAAAAUUGUCCCUCCGUGUUUUCCCCAAGCCGACGCGGGCUCGGAGCCGGGCUCCCGCGGUGCGUGCUGCUCCUCUCGCUGCAUCGCCCGUGCAGCGCUUGAUUUCUAGUUGACGUUAGCCUCAGCCUACUGCUGGCAACAUGGUGAUAGCGUUCACGGCAUUAAUGGUGUGGCAUCUGCCAAGAUGGAGAGCUUGUUUUAACGGGAGAAUUUGGUGAAAUGAGGAAAAAAGAAGGGAUCUUUUGGAAAUUACAUGCAGCUGCUGUUCAGAUGCACAGGGAAGCAUAGGAGCAUCCGCUGAACGGGCUGCUGGGGACUUUAGAAAUAUGUAGGAUGACAAAUAGUGCUAAUUUUACAGUCACAAGUGUUGCCAGGAUUAGGCUUGUGCAUUUGCGUUGGAAAGCAGACUGUGCAUGUUGGGAAGUGCUUGCUCACAGAGCAGUUUGGAGUGACGUAAGAAAACAGAAAUCUGUGCCCGUCUUAGAAGAAAACAAGAAAAAUCUGGAGAUAUUUCAGUUCUGAGAUGACUCCCAGACCGAGAUAUGUAUGGUAGGGUGCUUGAGUUGUGUGCAUGCUCACAAAAGGUAUCAACACAGAAGAUAAAGCACAAUUCAGUUAUGCAACUUCGUACAUCUUUGCAGUUUUUGAAAGUACACUUGCCGGUUCUCCUGGAUGGAGUGUUCAACUCGGUUAAUAAUUUUUCCCCUGAAAUGGAAAUAUGUAUAAACUGUGUAACCUACCCCUUUCUGACAUAGGAAUAUAGGGCAAAACCUAAGAAUCAGUUUUUGCAUAAUUGGUUCAUGCUGUGUACAAUUGUUAUAAACUCAUGCUUCCAAAAGAGAUCUAUGUCAUAGUCCUGAAAAUAAGGAUUUUAUAAUGUAAAUAUUACCAGAACAUAGAUAUUUUACUUUAUAUUUCAUUUGAAAGACAAGGUGUUUACAUUAGCAUUGGGUUUUUAAAUGCUUUUUAAACAAAAAAACCCAUAACCCAAAGCUCCCAAGCUUGUCCCAUUUGUGCUGUCCCACAAAACAGAGGUCAUAUUUUCUGGGUGCGUGCUGGUGCUAGGAUGCAGCCCCCGUGGCCUGGGUAGAGAGAUGAGAAAGUCCUGCACCCUUUCCGGGGCGAAUUGGCUGCCAGACCCGAGCCCGGUGUGCCGGCACGCUUGCAGCCCCGCAGGGACACUGUCCCCCUCCAGCCACCGGCAGGUGACAUAAAACAGCUAUUCCCAGCCCGCGACACUGGGACCAAAAAGAAAGCGGUUUGGGACAGGUUUUUUGCAUCCUGCUUUUGCCAAUUUUUUGCAUAGUGUUUUAGUUCACUAGGCGUUUGCUCAGGAGCCUUGAACUGUGUGUCUCCGCUUUCCCUCCCAGCACGACCUUUGCGAGGAGAUGCCGCUCCGCAUUGAUGGUUUAGUUUUCCUGCCCUGCUGGUGCCUGAGCAGAGAGGCAGAGUGGCAGAGUGCCCCGGGGAUGCUUAUUUUGUCGAGUAUUUGUCUUCUCGCAUGCCGUACGAGCGUGGCACCCCGGCAUUACCCUGCGUGGGGAGGGGGAACAGAUGAGUUGCAUUUCUAAGUCUGAAGUGCAGGAGCCUGGUCUUCUUUCUGCCUGGCUUUGAGAAGGUGUCAGCAGAAAAAAAGAUUAUGGGCAGCAGCUUGGGAUGUAUCAGACUUAAAUUUAGAGCACCAAACAGGGGCAUGUAUAGGGAUUUUUAUCCCCAAUUCUGGCUUCAGUAGCAGUGGCGAGAGCCCCUGGCUCUGGAGAGGGCACGGGGAAUGCGCUGCCCUGUUGCAUUCAGGGCACUCAAGCUCUGCAGGCUUCACCUCCACUUUUAGGCAGGAAAAACUGCGUAUCUUCAGGGAACGCAUCUGUUUGGUACUCCCUGCCUGCUAGCAGAGAGCAGCUAUGUCCGCAGGGAGCUGAAAAGACGGCGAUUCAGUUGCCUGUGAGUCACCUGCAUUUCUAGAGCUAAGCAUCAGCGCUCUGUUUGUGAGCAUGUGGUCCAGCAGGUCUUUUGCCAAGUCAGGCUGAGGCUGAAAAGGGGGCUCAACCCUCCAGCACUGCCCAGCACUGGCACCCCUUAACUCAGCAGCACUCAGAUCUAGCUAUCUGAGUUAAAAAAAAAAAAAAAGGAUAAAUAAAGGAGGCAUUCAAAUAAUGCAUGCACAGAAAGGCUUUAGCUUGGUUACUUGCAUGGACCUUUCCCUUUAGACUGUGUCCUCAGCCACUUCUCCCCUGAGGGAGUUUCCUCUGGGGUCCCCGGUAGCCGCCAGCAGCCCACGCCUGCAGGGUCACGGUGCGGGCUGAUGGAGCGGGGGUGAUUUCCCCAUGGACACCCGCAGACUUGGGUCUUUAGAUGUUAGGAGCAGGCAGUCUCUUUUUUUGCAACUUUUCUUCUGUUUGUUGCAAAUAUUCACGAUUCUCAGCCAGCUUAUGGUGCUCCUCACAGGAGACGUUUCAGACCAAUUUUCUACUUUAACAAUAUUUCUUAAUAACUAUGAAAUUGCUCAAUAGUAUGAAAUACUAGCAAAUAAGCAGCUUUUCAUUUGCUGUUUGCAUUUGUUCUUAAAUAUCACUCCCCUGCUAUAAAGCUGGUUCUUAUUUUUGCUGUAAGGCCAUUGUCCAUUAAACUCCUGUUCCUGCCCAGCUGGUGUGAGUUUUUAGUGCGUACAUGUGUGGCUUCACUCGCAAAAGCUUUAUCACAGAAGCGCAAUCUUGUACCGAGGAAGUUACACAACUGCGCACUCCUCCCGACGCAGGCUGGACUUAAAGGUCUUACUGCUGUUAUUUGCUAUUUCAGUUAAAUUAAUUUUGCCUUCAGUAUGCCCUUUCAGGAUUUAUCUGUUAGAGGUUUUUUAAAACAUAGGUGGGGAAAAAAAAAAAGUUUAUGUUAAAGUGACAUCCCGUUUUGGCCAGGCAGGGAGGGGAUGGGGAGGGAAGGCAGUUUUCCAGGCAGGCUGCAGGCACCAUCAUACCCUUGCUGCGGGAUGCUGCCGGGGUAUCUCUCUCGGCAGUGCCCAGGGUUUGGGCUGUAUGGGAAACACCAGAGAAAGAUGCUGCUUAAACUUAUCAUUUUGAAGCCACACACACACACCUGCAGGUGAGAGCCGUCUGCCUUCUCCUUUUAACGUGAUCACAGAGACCCAGGGUAGUUGUUUAGUGGCCAGUCGUCAAAAUUGGUCAGCUCUUGCACGGGUGAUUAUUUUCCCACCGAGGUCCCUGCCAAGACCUUGCCACGCUGCCCAUACCACCACAAGUCAUACUUGUCUUCGUUUACCGAAUGCUGGAUGAUUCCAAGCAGCCGGCAAUGGCACUCUGUCAAACCGCAGCUGCAGAGAUUCCUGCAGCACGAGCAUCACGUAAAGAGUCUCCACUUCACUUUCUUGCAGCAGAAGCAUUUUUAAAGGGCUGAACUGCAAUGAAAAGGUGUCAUAUUUUUAAACAACCUGAGAGAGAGUCAAACAUCUUUUACUAAAAAUGCUCGGCCCUUCUCGGACCUCUCCUUCAGUUCCACGUCUCCCUUGGCAGUGGUGCGGUUCCUGUGCCCACCGGGCACGUGGUGCAGUUCUGCAUCACAGAGGAAUCCUGCUCCAUUUUAUCUGGUUUUUUGGAAAUACAGCCCACAGGUCUGUUACCCAAACACCCAACACCUACCUGAGAAAGCCACUUCAAUACACCAAAUAUGGAGUGCUUUUUUGCCCUACCCUUUGUUGUUUUUAUAUGAAAAUGUCUUGGUUAAAAAACUUAAUUUUGAAGCUUACCGUGACCAAAAUACGUAACAUCAUCACAUUGUACUUUCCUGGUAAGGAAUUACUGUCUCAAAGAUUUCAUUUCAUAGCCAGAAUUAUUCUUUUCUUCCGUUUGUUACGAUUUCCCAAGGAAAGUAAUUCUUGCAGAGCCGGGGAGAUUUUAUGAUCAUCAGUAUUUUAAUUCUUAUUUCACUACCAGGCUAGAAAAAAGAUCUGCAGAAACACCCCCCACCUCCUGCGUGACCUCCCCUAUCACUUUAGGAGGGCCUGCAGAUAAUGCUGCUGACAAUUGUUCCUAAAAUCACAAGCGUUAGGGUGGCGAUGCUCUUCAAAGGUUUGCGCAUAAGCAGGACUUCACUACAGGCCAAGCAGUAUGUGACAAAACAUGCCAGGUUUUAGCGAGGUGUUCAGAAUAUCUUAUUCCUCCGUUCGAAAUCGCUCCCUUUCUGGACAGAGGGCGAAUCGCCGCGGACAUGCCGUCCCGCUGUCGGAUUCGUAAUCCACACCGGAGGGGUUUUCCACUCCAAAACGCUCCGAGGUUGAUGAGGUCACCCGGUCGCUUUGACGGCAUAAACCGCGUGGAAGCGUUAGUCGUGGUCUGAGAGAGGAAUCGAGUCAGGUUGUGGUUCGAGGCUGCGGUCCCGCGGCCGCGGGCUGGUGGGCGGAGGGCACAGGGUGCAGGACAACCUCGCCAUGACACCUCUGAACCCAGAGGAAGCCCCAGAAGUGAAUUGGAUUUCCCCGGGUAUCACCCUGUAUCAUUUUAUUAACUCCCUCGUGUAUAAAAUGUUUAUAAAUAUUUGUGGAUUAAGAUACACAGGUCUAUUUUUAAGAUUUAAGUUAAAUAAGUUAAUUAAUGGCUGGCCUUUUUUGCCUAAACGUGCAAUGAGAUAUAUUAUACCUUUAGUCUACGAUGGCCUAGGUACUGCUUAGUCUGUGAUGAAAACUUUGCUGCUUACCUACUGUUCUCAGAGAAAAAAAAACGUAAAAGACGUACAGGUUUGUUGCACACAGACUAUUGCAGCAAAGCUUUGUAUUUGACCACUGGUAAUAUGAAUGUGUUGUAUUGACUUGUUGAAGAUAAUCAUGAAACAACAUAUUUUAAAUGUUACUUGCCUUAUAGAUUAGAAUACGACUAUGUGGAUAUCAUUUUUGUAAAUAAUGUUUUUUAUAAAUGUCUCUCCUCCAUUCUCCUCGUCACCCAUUUCACAAAAUCUUGAAUAUGCAAUUAUUUACCAUGCAUAACGUUCCAACAAAUAAAUCCCCACGUCAGAACAAAGUUUAUUAAUUCUAUACAUAAGAACCACAUUAAAUACCCGAUUGAGUUGCAAUUUAAAUGUGAUUACCCCCCCCCCCCCUUGAAAAUAAACAAAAACCGUAAAAACGC